CCCCGUCCUCAAGCCGGUUCCUGGAAGAAGCUGGAGCUCUCCCACGAAUACAAAAACCACAACCAGCUGCGCGAAUAUCAACUGGAAGGGGUCAACUGGUUGCUCUUCAACUGGUACAACAGGCGAAACUGCAUCCUGGCCGACGAGAUGGGCUUGGGCAAGACCAUCCAGUCCAUCGCCUUCUUGCAAGAGGUCUACAACGUCGGUAUCCGCGGUCCUUUCUUGGUCAUCGCCCCGCUUUCCACCAUCACCAAUUGGGAGCGGGAGUUUAAUACCUGGACGGAGAUGAACAGCAUCGUCUACCACGGUAGCUUGGCCUCCCGGCAAAUGAUCCAACAGUACGAGAUGUACUGCAAGGACUCGCGGGGUCGUCUCAUCCCCGGAGCCUACAAAUUCGACGCUCUCAUCACCACCUUCGAGAUGAUCCUCUCCGACUGCCCCGAGCUGCGGGAGAUCGAGUGGCGGUGCGUCAUCAUCGACGAGGCUCACCGCCUGAAGAACCGCAACUGCAAGUUGCUCGACAGCCUCAAGCACAUGGACUUGGAACACAAAGUCCUCUUGACGGGCACCCCGCUCCAAAACACGGUGGAAGAGCUCUUCAGCCUCCUGCACUUCCUGGAGCCCUCCCAGUUCCCUUCUGAAGCAGAGUUCCUCAAGGAUUUUGGGGACCUCAAGACGGAGGAGCAGGUGCAGAAGCUCCAGGCCAUUCUCAAGCCCAUGAUGCUCCGUCGGUUGAAGGAGGACGUGGAGAAGAACCUGGCGCCCAAGCAGGAGACCAUCAUUGAGGUGGAGUUGACCAAUAUUCAGAAAAAAUACUACCGGGCCAUCUUGGAGAAGAACUUCUCCUUCCUCUCCAAAGGCGCCGGUCACACCAACAUGCCCAACCUGCAAAAAAUGCUCAAGUGUUGCAACCUCCCCUACCUCAUCAACGGUGAGGACCCCCACGACUUCCACCUCCAGGCCAUGGUCCGCUCGGCCGGCAAGCUGGUGCUCAUCGACAAGCUGCUGCCCAAGCUGAAAGCCGGCGGUCACAAGGUGCUCAUCUUCUCCCAGAUGGUGCGAUGCCUCGACAUCUUGGAGGACUACCUCAUCCAGAAGAGGUACCUCUACGAGCGGAUCGAUGGACGGGUACGGGGCAACCUACGGCAAGCUGCCAUCGACCGCUUCAGCAAACCCGACUCGGAUCGCUUCGUCUUCCUCCUCUGCACGCGGGCGGGCGGCCUGGGCAUCAACCUCACCGCCGCCGACACCUGCAUCAUCUUCGAUUCCGAUUGGAACCCCCAAAACGACCUCCAGGCUCAAGCGCGGUGCCACCGGAUCGGGCAGAGCAAGGCGGUGAAGGUGUACCGCCUCAUCACGCGUAACUCCUACGAGCGGGAGAUGUUCGAUAAGGCCAGCCUCAAGUUGGGGCUCGACAAGGCCGUGCUGCAGUCCAUGAGCGGGCGCGAGGGCAACAUCGCGGGG